UUGAUGUUGCGACCGCCAGCUCCCGGAGCUGCUCAGCCCGGCGCCGGCGCCCCGCGCCCUCAGCCCGCCCAAGCGAGUCUGCCCGCGGUCCGCUCGCCGCGAUCCGGGCUCGGGGGUCAGGACUCCGGGCUCGCCGCCUCCCGGGCCGGCUCCGCGCCCCGCACUCCCCGCGCCUCGCGCCCUGCGCCCGGACGAGCGGAGCGCACCAUGCCGCAGCUGGACUCCGGCGGGGGCGGCGCGGGCGGCGGCGACGACCUCGGCGCGCCCGAUGAGCUGCUGGCCUUCCAGGAUGAGGGCGAGGAGCAAGACGACAAGAGCCGCGACAGCACCGCGGGCCCCGAGCGCGACCUAGCAGAGCUCAAGUCUUCUCUCGUCAACGAGUCCGAGGGCCCGGCCGGCGGCGCGGGGGUCCCGGGGGUCGGCGCCGAGGCCCGCCCGGAGAUCGAGGUCCGGGCCGAGGCGCUCGGACGGGAGCACACUUCGCAGAGACUUUUCUCGGACAAACUUCCAGAGUCUCUGGAGGACGGCCUGAAGGCCCCGGAGUGUGCCAGCGGCAUGUACAAAGAGACGGUCUACUCCGCCUUCAAUCUGCUCAUGCACUACCCACCCCCCUCCGGAGCAGGGCAGCACCCCCAGCCGCAGCCCCCACUGCACAAUAAGACCAGUCAGCACCCCCACAGUGUCUCCCAACUCUCUCCUCUCUACGAACAUUUCAGCAGCCCACACCCCACUCCUGCACCUGCGGACAUCACCCAGAAGCAAGGAGUUCACAGGCCUCUGCAGACACCUGACCUCUCUGGCUUCUACUCUCUGACCUCAGGAAGCAUGGGACAGCUCCCCCACACUGUGAGCUGGCCCAGCCCUCCUCUCUACCCCCUGUCCCCUUCCUGCGGAUAUAGACAGCACUUCCCCGCCCCCACUGCAGCCCCUGGCGCCCCCUACCCCAGGUUCACUCACCCAUCCCUGAUGCUAGGCUCCGGUGUACCUGGUCACCCCGCAGCCAUCCCGCACCCAGCCAUUGUGCCCCCCUCAGGAAAGCAGGAAUUGCAGCCCUAUGACCGCAGCCUGAAGACCCAGGCAGAGUCCAAGGCAGAGAAGGAGGCCAAGAAGCCAACCAUCAAGAAGCCACUCAAUGCCUUCAUGCUGUACAUGAAGGAGAUGAGAGCCAAGGUCAUCGCAGAGUGCACACUCAAGGAAAGCGCUGCCAUCAAUCAGAUCCUGGGCCGCAGGUGGCAUGCGCUGUCACGGGAAGAGCAGGCCAAAUAUUAUGAGCUGGCCCGCAAGGAGAGGCAGCUGCACAUGCAGCUAUACCCAGGCUGGUCGGCGCGGGACAACUAUGGGAAGAAGAAGAGGCGGUCGAGGGAAAAGCAUCAAGAAUCCAACACAGAUAACUCUCUUCACUAUUCCUAGGAGGAAAAAGAAAUGCACUCGGUACUUACCCGGAGAAGGCGGCUGCCCCAGCCCCGUUCCUUCCGAUGACAGUGCUCUAGGCUGCCCCGGGUCCCCAGCCCCCCAGGACUCGCCCUCAUACUUCCUGCUGCCCCGCUUCCCCACAGAACUGCUUGCUAGCCCUGCGGAGCCAGCACCUACAUCACCAGGUCUCUCCGCUGCUCUCAGUCUCUCCGCCCACUGGGCCCCUGCAGGCCCCCCACAGUGCCCUGCAGAGUAUACAGGUACAGCAACAGGAAUCUUCGAGAUAGGUGGCCUAGCAUGUACAGGACACGUGGUCUCCUCCAGGGACCCAUCCCCUGAGAGAAAGCAACCAAG